AUGCGUUUCCCAUUCCUCCUGCUCGCGGCAUGGGCUAGCAUCCCACGUUCUUCGGCACAGCUUAAUGAGCUAGCUAAAGCAGCUGGGAAGCUGUACUUUGGAACCGCGACUGAUAACCCGGAAUUGAGUAAUUCAACAUAUAUCUCGAUUCUCGACGACACGAGGGAGUUUGGACAGCUCACGCCUUCGAAUGGCAUGAAGCCCUCCCCCGGCGUCUUCAACUACACCCCCGGCUCCAUCGUCGCCAACCUCGCCACCAAGAACCGGCAGAUCCUCCGCUGCCACAACCUAGUAUGGUACAGCCAGCUCGCGCCCUGGGUCACGACCACUACCUGGACCGCAGCGUCCCUCACGCGUGCGCUCGUCCAGCACAUUACCCACGAGGUCUCCCACUGGCGCAGCCAAUGCUACGCCUGGGACGUCGUCAACGAAGCCCUGAACGACGACGGCUCCUACCGCAACAACACGUUCCUUCAAAUCCUAGGCCCAGAGUAUCUCAAGAUCGCCUUCGCAGCCGCCGCCGCCGCCGACCCGGCCGCGAGACUCUACUACAACGACUACAACAUCGAGUACGCGGGCCCGAAGGCCAGGGCGGCGCGCGAGAAGAUCGUGGGCUUCUUGCAGGACGCGGGCAUCCGCAUCGAUGGCGUGGGUCUAGAAUCGCAUUUUCUCGUGGGCGAGACGCCGAGCUUGGAGGAUCAGGUUGAGAACAUGCAAAGCUUUGUGCGGAUGGGCGUCGAUGUAGCCAUCACGGAGCUGGAUGUUAGGAUGCUGAACCCGCCGGACGAGGCUAGCUUGGCGCAGCAGACAAAGGAUUAUCAGGCUGCGGUGGGGGCAUGCUUACAGGUCCCGCGCUGUGUGGGUAUUACGGUCUGGGACUUUUAUGAUCCGUUCUCUUGGAUACCAGGCACGUUCCCUGGUUAUGGGUCGGCGGACCUGUAUUUUCCGGAUUUUACCAAACAUCCAGCAUACUAUGGGGUUAUGGAUGUGUUGAAGAAUGAUACGGGUGUUGGGAGGAGUCGUGACUGAGUGGCGGAUCUGGAAUCUGGGGUCUAUAGGGGCUAGAAUUAAUGGCCUUGGUGUUUCAAAUGUGAAAAGUAAGAACAAGUAUAUAAACAUCAAAACGUAUACUUGACGGCAU